CAGGCCCGGACGGUCUGAGAAUGCUGCGGCUGCAGGCGGACACAAGUCGCCCGAAGGUGACAGGCAGGGCCGAAGCCGCCACGGCCGCAGCCAUCUUCCCUCAACCUUCACCGGAAGCGGAAGCGCUGCGAACCUGGUGCGUCGACGCACCGGUUCCGGCGGGGAACUUCUCCCCGCGCGGCGCCCGGACCUUGGCGGCUCCGGGCACGGGCCGGGCCGCGGCGAUGGCCUCGGAGACGGUGGAGAGUUUCGUGACAAAGCAGUUGGACCUGCUGGAGCUCGAGAGAGAAGCGGAGGUCGAGGAGCGCAGGGCCUGGCAGGAAGGGGUCUCUCUGAAAGAGCUCCAGAGCCGAGGCGUCUGUCUGCUGAAGCUGCAGCUGUCCAGCCAGCGGACCGGGCUGUACGGGCAGCUCCUGGCGACCUUGGAGCCCCGGAGGGGCACGUCCACCUGCGUGCUUCCCAGCAGCAGCCUUUCCUCCGGCGAUAUCGUGGGUCUGUACGGUGAAGGCGGUCAGCUGGCCACCGGCGUCCUGACCCGGAUCACCCAGAAGUCGGUCACGGUGGCCUUUGACCAGUCCAGUGAUUUCCAGUUGAGCUCAGACCAUGAGACCUCAUACCGGCUGCUGAAGCUCGCCAAUGAUGUCACCUACAAGCGAAUGAAAGCAGCGCUGAUCGCGCUGAGGAAGCACCGGGCCGGCCCCGCGUCUGCGCUCAUCGAGGUCCUCUUCGGCGACGCCGCCCCCAGCCCCGCCAUGAGCAUAGAGGCGCCGGCCUUCUUCAACACCUCCCUGGACGCCUCCCAGCAGGAGGCGGUCUCGUUCGCGCUGUCGCAGAGGGAACUUGCCAUCAUCCACGGGCCCCCCGGCACUGGGAAGACCACCACCGUGGUGGAGAUCGUCCUCCAGGCCGUGAAGCAGGGCCUCAAGGUCCUGUGCUGCGCGCCCUCCAACGUGGCCGUGGACAACCUGGUGGAGGCCCUGGCCCGGUGCGGGCGGCGGGUGCUGCGCCUCGGGCACCCGGCCCGGCUCCUGGAGUCCAUCCAGCAGCACUGCCUGGACGCGGCGCUGGCCCGCGGCGACGGCGCCCAGAUCGUGGCGGACAUCAGACGGGACAUCGACCAGGUCUCUGUGAAGAUGAAGAAGACCCAGGACAAGAGAGAGAGAAGCAGCCUCCGGAGCGAAGCCCAGCUGCUGAGGAAGGAGCUGAGGGGGCGGGAGGAGGCCGCCACGCUGCAGAGCCUGCGGGCGGCGGACGUGAUCCUGGCCACGAACACGGGCGCGUCCCCCGACGGCCCCCUGAAGCUGCUGCCCGAGGACUACUUCGACCUGGUGGUCAUCGACGAGUGCGCCCAGGCCCUGGAGGCCGGCUGCUGGGUGCCCCUGCUGAGGGCCGGCAAGUGCGUCCUCGCCGGCGACCACAAGCAGCUGCCCCCCACCGUCGUCUCUCCCAGGGCCGCGCAGGAGGGCCUGUCGCUGAGCCUGAUGGAGCGCCUGGCUGGGCGGUGCGGCGCCGACGUGCUGCGGACGCUGACGGUGCAGUACCGCAUGCACCGGGCCAUCGCGCAGUGGGCCUCCGAGGCCCUGUACGAGGGGCGGCUCACGGCCCACCCGUCCGUGGCCGAGCGCCUCCUGCGGGACCUCCCGGGGGUGGUGGCCACCGAGGAGACGGGCCUCCCCCUGCUGCUGGUGGACACGGCCGGCUGCGGGCUGUCCGAGCUGGAGCAGGAGGACGACCAGUCCCGAGGCAACCCCGGUGAGGUGCGCCUGGUCAGUCUGCACAUCCAGGCCCUGGUGGACGCUGGCGUCCGGGCGAGUGACAUUGGGGUCAUCACGCCGUACAACCUGCAGGUGGACCUGCUCCGGCAGAGCCUCUCGCACAGGCACCCUGAGCUGGAGAUCAAGUCCGUGGAUGGCUUCCAAGGCCGCGAGAAGGAGGCCGUGGUCCUGUCCUUGGUCAGGUCCAACCGGAAGGGUGAUGUGGGCUUCCUGGCCGAGGACCGGAGGAUCAACGUCGCCGUCACCCGCGCCCGGCGCCACGUUGCCGUCGUCUGCGACUCGCGCACCGUCAGCAGCCACGCCUUCCUGAAGGCCCUGGUGGACCACUUCGCCGCGCACGGCGAGGUGCGCUCCGCCUUCGAGUACCUGGACGACAUCGUCCCCGAGAACUACUCCCACGAGGGUUCGCAGGGCCCGGCGGGCUUGAAGCCCCAGGGCUCUGCCGCGCCCGCCACGGGGCCUGGGGGCGGGCGGCCCGAUGGGGCCCGGGCGGCCAGAGUGGCUGCCGGGCCGGCCCGGAAGACGAGGGGCGGGAAGCCCCGGGGCUCCGAGGCCCGCUGCUCCCAGCCCAACCUCAACGGAGGCGGCCCAGAGGGGCCGGAGGGCGGAGACGGCGCAGACCCCUUCAGGGCUGCGAUAGCGGAGUUUGUGGCGAGUGAGCGCGCGCAGCUGGAGUUUCCCGCCUCCCUGAGCUCCCGCGACAGGAUGCGCGUCCACCAGAUCGCCGAGGAGUACGGACUGCGGCACGACAGCACCGGGGAGGGGCGGGGCCGGUACGUCACCGUGAGCAGGAGGGCCACGCCCACCACGCCUGCCACACCGUCUGCCUCCCCCGCCCCGGCCCGGACUGACGGCAAAGCCCCUCUCCGACCCGAGCCCCCCAGCCCUGUGCGGGUGGAGCCCCCCGCCAGGGAGCCGAGCGGCCUGGACCUGAGGGCCGUGCACCUGGAGAGGCUGCAGAGGGAGAGGGCCCGGCAGGAGCGGCAGGCCGAGGGGCGGCCGCAGGCCGCGGGCUCGGGGCCGCGCAAGCUCCCGGAAAAGAAAAAGAAAAAAGAUGCGAAAGGACCCUCGGCCCCCGGUCUGCCCGCCACGGAGGACUUCGACGCCCUGGUCUCUGCUGCCGUGAGAGCUGACAACACCUGUGGCUUCGCCAAGUGCUCGGCCAGCGUCAUGACCCUGGGCCAGCUCUGCCCGCACUGUGUCCGCCGCUACUGCCUCGGCCACUGCCUGCCUGAGAUCCACGGCUGCGGGGAGCGGGCUCGCGCCCAGGCCCGGCAGAGAGUCAGCCGGGAGGGGGUCCUGCACGCCGGCAGUGGGACCAAGGACAGGUCCCUGGACCCCACCAAGAGGGCGCAGCUGCAGCGGAAGCUGGACAAGAAGCUGGACGAGCUGACUGGCCAGAGGAGGAGCAAGCGGAAGGGGAAGGAGAAGUGACCCAGGGCCCUGCCCUGCGGCCUCCAGGCCUGGUUCCCCAGCAGACGGGCGGGGGCAGCGGGCCGCCCCCGGGUGCUUCUGCUCCUUGCGGCCGCGCUCGGUGCCCAUGGGAGCCAGCCGGUCCAAGCCAGCCUGCACCGCCUCUGCCGGGGCUCCGUGCCACGUGGGGCCUGUUGGGGGAAGGGUGGGCUUCAGGGCCGGGAGA